AUGUCCUCUGUACUAGAACCCUUUGACCCCCCCGCCCUCCCAACCCCAACACCGGCGACCGAUGUCAACACCGGGGCGUAUUUCUCGUCCAUUACCCCGCACACCGAGGCAUUUGAGGCGAGUGAUGGGGUGGUGCACAUGGCCGUGAGCGGUGCGAAUAUGUGGAUCGCCUUGGCUAACGGCGGGGUGGAGGUGCGGGAGGUGCAUACGGGGAUUUUGCAGCACACCUUUUCCCCCGCCCCGCGGCCGUCAAGCAGCACGCGGAUUUGGUGUAUUCUUCCCGUGCGCCGCGCGCGGACCGCCUCGGACGAGGAGGCGGAGGAGGAAGAACCCCAGGUGUGGUUGGGGUUGUCCACGGGGACGAUUGAGGUUUAUCACGGGAUUACCUAUACGCUACUCCGGCAACUACACAAACACCUUUCCGGGGUGUACUGCCUGGAAGGCUGUGGGAGUGGUUGGAAAGGGUGUGAUGAGGUCGUCUACUCCGGCUCAAGCGACUUUCUCAUCGCGCAAUGGGGGGUUGAAAAGGGGCAGUUGCUUCGACUUUUGAAAGGGCACGCCAACUACGUCCGGUGUCUUUACGCGGAGGGGGCGGUGUUGGUGAGUGGGAGCGACGAUCGCACCGUGAGGGUGUGGGAUCGCGAGUCGGGCGAGACGCUGCGGGUGGGGAAAUUUCACGUUCCAACCGGCGGUGUAUCGGCGAUCUGUCGAGUUGGUGUGAAGAUGUGGUCCGGUGAUGAUAGCGGGGUGCUUCAUAUUUGGCCGAUACGCGAUUGCGCCGUCGCGUCCACGUUUCACCCCCAUACCGGACGGAUCACGACGCUUCAAAAGAUUGGUUCGCGGGUGUAUUCCGGCUCCGCGGACGGGACCAUCGCGGUCUACAACGCCGAGGAUGGCGCGAUGCUCGAACGACUGAGCGAUCACGCCGCAGGUGGUUCGCGCGUGGUGAUGGUGCGGUGCGCGGUCGAGGUGGAUCGCCAUUACAUCUGGAGCUGCGGCGCGGAUCAAACGAUCCGUUGUUGGCACCACGACGAACCCAUCCCGAUGAACCGAUUUCAAGAACGACUUAACGACAUGCGCUGGUACUACACGACGCAGAAACCCUAUCAAGAGGCGAAUGAGCGCCUGCUCGAAACCCACCGUGAGCUGUCGGAGUCCGUGCUCCUCUCCCAGGGCACCGAGGAAGACAUCCGCGCCUACAUCGACAGCACCGAACCCGAUAAGCGCAGCACCGCCGCCAAGUGUUGGCUUCUAAACGCCAAGGUAAACGAGGCGAACCGGCGCGUCGCGGGGUUGGAAAAAGAGCGCGGUGAGCUUGAUCGCCAGAUUCUCGAACGAAAGAAAGCCCUGGAGCUGGCGCAGAGUAACUUGAAGGCGAUGACCGACGCCCUUACGAAUGCACGCGCCAAUCCCACGGCCGUCGCGCCUUCGCCUCCCUCCACCAGCGCGGUGGGUUCGACGCCGGCAGUGGUGAUCCAGCCGUUGCGUCCUGUCGGCGUGGAAGUCCCCGCCACGCCGCCGCCGGCGAGGGUGACGUUUAGUACGAGUUAUGAGCCCGUGCUGGCGGGGGGACCCCCGCCGCCGCCGCCACCGACUGGGACUGCUAAAGCCCCGUCGAUGAAGGCCGCAUUCAACGUCCUGGGGCUGCAGAAACCAUCGCUUUCUCGAGAAAUUGGAGAUAACACGCCGCUGGAGAAACCACUGAAGCGCCGUGAUUCCUUUUGA